AAUUAGGACAUUUGUUUGAGCCUCUACUGUACUUUCUAAAAUUUCCUACAGUGUUAUUAUCAUUGCUGUCAAUUUUAUAAACUAGAAUAAUAAACCUCAGUGAUUUAAAAUUUUCAUCGUGUGAGAAGAUGGCAUACAUUACCAAAGAAUGCAGAGUUAUGCUGCACCAACUCUCAGAUGCUGCCGUCUGCAGUGGCAAACGCCCUGAGCCAAGACUCUCUCAAGCAUCUAGUGCUGGCAAAGUAAAGGCUGAAGCCUUGGAAAUGGUUGAUCCUUCUCCAGUCAUCAAAGUUUCUGCUAUCUCCAUCAAAAAAGAGCUUGAUGAUGAAACUGAGGACAUAUCCAUCAAAGAAGAGCCAUUCUUGUAUGGAAAUGAGUCUUGUUCAACUGAAAAUCUCAGCCAUGCACCUGCAUUCUCCUCUUGUUUGCCAUGCAAGACAGAAGCUCAAGUUGAGGAACAAAGCAACCACCCAAGCUCAUCGCAGAACAUUUCUGCUCCGUUAGUGAAUCAGUGCGGAGUUCGUGGGUCAGCACCGGCAUCAGGAGACGCUGCUGAUGUCGCUGGCAUCUCUGGGGCAUCUAACUCCGAGCAACUCAUGAGGCUUAGUUGUUCCCAGCGUGGAUUGGUGCCUGCGGGUGCGGGACAACUGCAGCAACAAACUCAUCAAGAACAUCUUGCUUCAGGACCCCACCACUUCUCUCACUGUGAUUACACCUCUAGUUCAGGGAGUGGACUGCAGCAGAACAUCAAUGCUAUGCAUUCGAUAAAAGACUCUUUGCAGUGCCAAGACUGUGAUUAUACAUGUACCACAAAGAAAUUAAUGCAAAAGCAUAUAGCCUGCAAACACUUCUGCAGAAGCAAAAACCAGUGUCACUUCAGUUUAAAUUCGUGUGCCACAAAAGCUGAACCCAAACAACAUAUUCUCUUGAGGCAUCCUCUGGGAAAUUCACAGAAAUUCUCUUGUAAAUAUGCUGAUGGCUGCAAACAAAUCUUGCGUAAGUGUGGCCUUUCUCAACAGCCAACAAUGAAGAAGUUCGGCUGCUCUGAGUGUGAUUUUGCUUGUACUACAAAGGGAAGCUUGAAAAGACAUUUUCUUUAUAAACAUUCAACAGAAAAGCCAGUUCAGUGUUCGGAGUGUGAUUAUGCAUGCAACACAAAAUAUGACUUGAAAAAACAUUUUCUUCAGAAGCAUUCAACAGAGAAACCUUUUCAAUGCUGUGAGUGUGAUUUUGCUUGCACUACAAAAGGCAGCUUGAAAAGACAUUUUCUUUAUAAACAUUCAACAGAAAAGCCAGUUCAGUGCUCUGAGUGUGAUUAUGCCUGCACCACAAAAGACGACUUGAAAAUACAUUAUCUUCACAAGCAUUCAACGGAAAAACCAUUUCAGUGCUCCAAGUGCAAUUAUGCCUGCACCGUCAAAGGGAAUUUGAAAAGACAUUUUCUUGUCAAGCAUUCAACAGAAAAGCCAUAUAAGUGCUCUGUCCAAAUGUUGAUGGGUUCAAAGACCCGCAACAGCCUCACUGGAGAUGCGCACUUCACGAGAGCUGCACCAGCUCAUCUAUUGGGGCGCGUCAGCCUCUAUGAAGAGACACACACUGAUAUAGAGUGA